AAUUAGUUGAAGAACUAGCCUACCUUGAGGAGGAAACUAAUUUAAAUGUCAAUACUGAACUUACUCAACCCCAGCAUGAUAAAGCUAGUCAAUUUUUGAUGAAUAAUAUUAAUAUAUUUGCAAAAAAUGUCAUAGAAGAAGGACAGUCUAAAGA